AUAUCAGAUUCCAGUCUACCAGUCUCCAGAAAAGCACAGCGAGAGCAGGAACGAGAAAAUGCCGCAACAAGGAAGAAGGAGAGAGCCGAAGCAGCCGCAGCUUCUGCUCUCAAUGCUGGAACGAAAAGGAAGAGGGGCGACGUAGAUGAAUCGGACCCCAAGUUGAAGGAGUUCUUGGAUAUCAUGCAACCGGCAUCGAAACCAAAGACUUGGAAGGAACAGACCGAGGACGAGGAACCGCCAACGAAAAUGCAAGCAAUUGAGGUCCCAGAAGGCGAGAGUGAUGGCGAAUACGAAGUUGUGCCAAAAAAGUCCCGCAAAAAGAGUCCACCACCACCUGCAAUACCAGUUUCAAUACCCCUACCAGUCAUAGAAGCCGAGCCUGAUAGGAUGGAUCAAGAUCGUCCUGAAGUAAUUGCUCCAGAUACCACAGACGAGGACUGGCUUCGGAGUCGGACGAACAGAUUGUUGGAUCUCAUGGAUCCCGAUGAGAUUGGUGUUGCCGCCAGUACAGGGGCUGUACCCACUUAUCCAGCCGCCGUGGCUGAAGCUAAGCCAGACGAAACUCUUGAUCACGAAGAGCCUGCUGCUGAAGAGAAGCACGAAGAGGAGUACGAAGAGGAGCACGAAGAGGAGCACGAAGAGGAAGCCGACAAGCCGGAUCCUACCAUUGAGGCCAUUAAAGCCACUGGUCGUUUGUUCGUACGGAAUCUCCCCUACACUGCAACGGAGGAUGACCUGAGAGAGCACUUCGCCGCCUACGGAUCUUUAGAAGAGGUACGCACGAUUAUAUUCCCUUGCAGUUUUGUUUUCCUCCUCGUUUCAUGAUGAAUAUCCAGAUAGGGACAGCUUAUGCUACAAGCAUGUGAUGAGAGCUGGACGAAUAUUUUAGUAGAUGCUUCGUGUUUUCUGAAAACGAUCAAUUCACAUCUUCCGUCUUUGGUGUUUGGAAAAGCGCAGCACUGACACCCGAUUGAAUUUAGAUACAUUUGCCAGUGAAUGCUGCUGGUACGAGCAAAGGAUUUGUCCUCGUUCAAUAUUCGGACCCGAAUGCUGCCGCAGAAGCCUUCCAUAAUCUUGACGGUGAGCCCUUCCAAGGUAGGCUGUUGCAUAUCAUUCCUGCGUCUGCGAAGAGAGACAAUAAGCUGGACGAAUUUGCCAUCGCGAAGUUGCCACUGAAGAAGCAGAAGCAGAUCAAGAAGAAGGCGGAAGCCACAUCUGCCUUUAACUGGAACUCUUUAUUCAUGAACCAAGAUGCUGUCAACGAAGCCGUCGCACAUCGCCUCGGUGUUUCCAAAUCCGAAAUGCUAGAUCCUACUUCUGCGGAGUCUGGAUACAAGCAAGCUAUUGCAGAAACAACAGCCAUCCAAGAGUCAAAGUCGUACUUUGCAAAGAACGGCGUUGAUUUGGAUGCCUUUAAGAGAAAGGAGCGUGGUGACACUGCGAUUCUCGUGAAGAACUUUCCAUAUGGCAUGACGCUUGAAGAGUUGAGGAAGAUGUUCGAGGCUUUCGGACAGGUACUUCGAGUUCUGAUGCCGCCUAUUGGUACUAUCGCAAUUGUUGAGUUUGCGGAACCAAGCCAUGCUCGAGCAGCAUUUGCUAGCCUGGCGUAUCGUCGUUUCCAGGACUCGGUACUGUUCCUCGAGAAGGCGCCGAAAAAUCUCUUCACGACACCAAGCAGUAAUGCUGUUAUCGUGCCAUCUGACCAUGAAGUUGGCAAGUCAGGCAGGGAGAAGAUUUCAGCAUCAGAUCUGCUUGAAAAAGAAAGUGCUGUAGAGACACUUGACACAGCAACGUUGUUUGUGCGGAAUCUCAACUUCACUACUACGAGCGAUAUUCUUACUGAAGCUUUCCAACCUUUAGAUGGUUUUAUCUCUGCCCGUGUUAAGACCAAAACAGAUCCAAAGAAACCUGGUCAGGUACUUAGUAUGGGUUUUGGUUUCCUUGAAUUCAGGAGCAAGGCUCAGGCUCAGGCAGCUCUCACUGCAAUGGAUGGCCAUAUCCUAGAAGAUCAUAAAUUGCUGAUCAAAGCUUCACACAAGGGACUCGAUGCGGCUGAAGAGAAAAAGAGAGAAGAUAACGCGAAAAAACAGGCUGGCAAGCGAACUAAGAUUAUCAUCAAGAAUCUUCCAUUCCAAGCGACGAAACAAGAUGUGCGGGCCUUGUUUGGUGCGUAUGGGCAGCUCCGUUCCGUUCGUGUUCCCAAGAAAUUCGAUCAUACCACACGUGGAUUUGCCUUCGCAAAUUUCAUUACGGCUCGUGAAGCGGAGAAUGCACUAGAGGCGCUCAAAGACACGCAUCUUCUCGGCCGCCGUUUGGUCAUAGAGUUCGCCGCAGAUGAUGCAGUUGAUGCCGAAGAAGAGAUUGCGAAAAUGGAGAAGAGAACAGGAGCUCAGGUCAAUAAGGUUGCAGCGCACAAGCUCACAGGAGGUAGCCGGAACCGCAAAAAAUUCGAUAUUGAAGGGGACGAGGAAUCGGUUUGAGGGGGUUGGAUGAAGGUAUCUCGCCUCCUUGGCAGGAUAAAAUCUCGUUCUGCUUCCCCGCAGUCAUGAUAUUCGAUACUCUCAGCCACAUCGCAUCCAAGACUGUCUGGCCCGUGUGAGCUCCUUUUUCCUCCCUACGAUUUAUUCGAAGAAGGGUGAUUCCUACUAGGCUCGUUGUGGCUCUACUUUUCAGUGGGCACAUACCCGUCCCAAAUGAAGCAUUCUUCCAAUCACUGUAGGAAUGAUCUUCGUAGGCAGCAUUUCCUUCACUGGCAGUCGUCCUUGCGUCACAACACCGAACUUGGCCACUCCUGUUGUUGGAAGCAAUGGCCCUGUCUUUAAUGUUGUGAUGCUGGGAAGAUGUCUAGACUGAGUACGCUUCCGGGCACCUUGUCGCUCGAGUUGGUCCAAUCCCACGCAGCCACCCUGCAUGCAAACCUUUCAAACGUCUUUCAUCGCUACAGGGCUCGAUCUCUGUGUGGAGGUCAAGGCCUUUCCUCUUAUAAGCUCGGAUCUGCUCCUCCAUUCUCAAGUCACCUGUUAACAUUCCCUCUCUCUUCAACAUCUCGCUGCCAUUCCUCCAAACAUUUUUUACUACAAUCCUUAUCCUUCUUUGACCAACAGAAGCUCAUUGCACCCAGCCUUUACGAAUUCUACGAAUGUACCUUUGAAAUUCCCUGUGACGACACUCUAGAACUGUUAAGUGCCUGAGUGAAGCGACACAUUCUUAGCCGCCAGUUCCACGAUCGAUGGACCACCGUCGACAUAUUCUGCCUUCAGAUUAUACUCAUCAACUUCCACUGGAUAGCACCAGUGGACUUUCAAGGGCCCGACAGCCUCUUUCAGACUCUGCUGGGAACGCCCAGCAUCACAUCCUGGCUUCAGUAGGGCUUUAUCAUGGUAACAAAGGGCAUCAGCCUCGGGCAGACCGGCCCAUGUACUCCAUCCCCACACUACCUUCCCAACCACACCACCAAGCCGUAGGACAGACAGUAGGGCUUCGACGGCAGAAUACUCGUCGUCAACGACAACUGAGAUUCAACCGGAACCCUAUCGUCGAGUCGUCUCAAUAUCAGGCUUACCGUUCUCGUCAAAACCGAGAAGGCAACGAUGACGACAAGAAAUGGCCCGAAGUGCUCGAGGAUGCUUUCUUAGAUGCACUAAUGUACCUGCCCAAGAUGGGUAGGAGAAAGUUUUCUUACGAGGGCAAGCCUCAUGGUCGCAAUGAGCUUAUCAGAGUGUACUUGUGGCUUGCUUAUCUUGAAUCCCUUCCACCUGGAGCCCGUCCCGAUGAGUCGAUGAGGAGAACCCGAAAGCAAGUCUCAAGCCACAUCCAAGUACUAAAAGGCUUCUUCAAGGGCCACCCUGCUUAUGGACGGUUAUUUCCCGAAAAAGACGAACCAAAGAAUGGCUUCCAAGAUUCAUUUAAGGACGAUCCCUGCCUCAGGGCACUGUCCAUGGGACGCCUGCCUAAGAACAAGUACGACUGCUACGAUGAACCAAGUCAAGCAACGAACCAUAGUUCGUCGAUGAAACCAGUUCUCUUCUGGCUACUUAUGACAUCCUCCUCUUUGUCGAUUGACGAUCGCCGUGAUGUGCACGAAGAGGAUCUCUACAACGAAGGCUUAAUCGCACAUAAAUUCUCCAGACUAUCAGCGCAGAGACAACGGGCCAGUCUUGAUUCCAUCCCAAGCUGGAGGCAGAGAUUCCCAUUUUUGCAGCAACUGUACACUUCGGGAGAGCUGGAUUGCGAAAUCAUUCACAUGGAAGCUUCACUCAACCUGCUCACAAACCAGCCUCCCGAGGGCUCAGAGCUAUGUAGUCGGAUGGUCUUCUCGAUGCCUGGCAGACAACAUGACACCGAGUGGCGAAUUGUCACGACUCUCAGUAAGCCACCCGAACUUUACCGCGACCAGAUAUCCGAUCCUCCACUAGAAGCACAGGCGUUCGCUGUCGAUGUCACUUCGAUGAAUGAUAGCGAGACUCGAAUCAAAGUACCCUUUCCGGCAAGGCCCUGGGCCCAGGUUUUCUCGGGUCUACGAAGCAUUCAAUCACAGUACGAAGAAAAGCAAGCACACUCUUUCAACACCGGUAUGGGCUCCACCAGGCCGGCUCGAGACUAUGUCGACCUGAUUUCAAUGUAUCAAGAAGUGCAGUCCGCCGCUGGACCUCACUCGCCUUUUGUGAGAAGAACAAUUAUACUCUGGACAUUUCGUCAAGCGUCAAACAGCGAUCGCAAUGGCACACAUUGGCGAUACGUUGACCCAGCGCCAGUUCCUCGUCGGAUGUGCAUGUCGCCAUCGCCACAUCCAAGCCAUCACAUGCAGGCGAACAUGAAUGAGAAUUUCAACAGCUGGUCCGACACUCCUCUACACCUGCAAAAUUCCAACAUACUCGACCAUUUCGCCCAAGGCCUUGCGACGCCACCACACACCGCCGGCCUACAAUCUCCCUUUCCUGCUCCGAAUUAUGCGUACAGUCAAUCUUACGAUAUGCCAAGCGAGAAUCUGAGCUUCGUGUCUGCCGCCAAUACCGUCGACAGUGAUUCUACGCUUGUGGAUAAUGACGUCGCAGCCAACAUUGACAACUUCCUUAUGAACUCACACGUCCAUCUCAAAGACUUCGAGCACGCAUCUCAAAGCUGGCAGCUGCCUGUAACCAAAAGCUUUGAUGCGGAUCCGCUAUGGGCAAACUACACCGUGCCAGCUACUACACCGGUUCAUGGGUGGGACUCACAAGAAGCUAAGACUCAUGCGUGGCCAGAUUUACCUAUCGAUGGCAAGAGUUGGAACUACACCGUCGAGGAGCCCGGUGACAAAGCCGAUCACGUAGAGAGUGGUCCAGUCAAAGGCACGGUGAACUACGUCGAGCAAACUAUCGCGCAGAAACUUCUACCAUGGACUGAUAAUCAACAUGGACCCCAUGAGAUCAAGCACAACUACGAUGGAGUCAAUCUUGAGCAAAUACGCGAUAACAGCAACGAGAGCGCUCGAGCCGAGCCUAAAGUCCAAGAGUGGGAAGGUGUUCACGAUGACUUUGACUAUUCAGAGCUCGCAGAACGGCUCAAAUAAUGUCCUUUUCUUUUUAUUUUCCUUUACGUUGAACUGAUUGAUGAUUGGCGCUGAUUGGGCUGGCUAGAGGGGAAUUGGGAUUUCAUGUUCUGAUUCAGUGUGCUAUUGUUUUUGACCUAUCACCCCAGUACGCUGGCUUUAUUCGGAUAAAUGGAUGGAUGAUCACUUAGUUAAUUUUUGUCUAUAAUGAAUGUCACGAUAUUUACAAACAAU